UUUCUGGCCAGCAAAUCACAGAGAGCCUCUCUCGUGACGUCGCGGAGGCAGACAAAAGGGAAAAGCAGAAGAAGUCGCAGUCAGCUGAUGAUCGGAGGGUUCAGAGAGAGAUCGGCGCGAGGACAGACCAUGCUGUGUGUGUUGGUUUGUGUGUUGUUUCUCUCGGCUCUCGUCCACAGCGGGCCAGCCGUCAGCAGAGCGUGGCACUCCGAUGACCUGCAGCAGGAGCUGGACCCUGAAGUGGGCAUGAACAUUACGGAGAUCAUCCGUAGGUGGGGUUACCCAGCAGAGGAGCACCAGGUGCUGACGGAGGACGGGUACAUCCUGGGCGUGAACAGGAUCCCGUGGGGACUGAAACCCUCCAAAGGUGCGAGGCCGGCGGUCUUCCUCCAGCACGGUCUCCUGGCUGCAGGCAGUAACUGGAUCACCAACCCGCCGACCUCCAGCCUGGGCUACGUGCUGGCGGACGCGGGCUACGACGUGUGGAUAGGAAACAGCCGCGGAAACACGUGGUCCAGGAAACACCGCACGCUGAGCCCGUAUGAGGAUGAGUUCUGGAGGUUCAGCCACGAUGAGCUGGCUCUGAAGGAUCUUCCAGCUGUGGUUGACCACAUCCUGAAGGUGACGGGCCAGGAGCAGAUCUUCUACAUUGGACACUCUCAAGGAACCACCAUAGCAUUCAUGGCGUUCUCCACGCUGCCAGAGCUCGCCAGCAAGAUCAGGCUGUUCUUCGGAUUGGCUCCUGUGGCCACCGUUGCCUUCACUGGCAGCCCCAUGACCAAACUGUCCUUCCUGCCCGACGCCGUCAUCUGGGACCUGUUUGGGAGGCGGGACUUCCUGCCUCAGAGCGCGAUGAUUAAAUGGUUGGCCGAACACGUGUGUGCAAAGCAUCUUCUCAGUGAGCUGUGCGGGAACAUCUUCUUUGUCCUCUGCGGUUUCGACGAGAAAAACCUCAACAUGACUCGGACUCCGGUCUACACCACUCACUGCCCCGCUGGGACCUCAGUCCAGAACAUGAUCCACUGGGCCCAGGCCGUCCACACAGGAAGACUGAUGGCGUUUGACUUCGGAGCAGCAGGAAACAUGAAGCACUACAACCAGUCCACUCCCCCCGAGUACCGCGUCCAGGACAUGAAGGUUCCCACCGCUCUGUUUUCAGGGGGGCAGGAUACGCUGGCGGACUCAAAAGAUGUGGCAGUCCUCCUCACUCAGGUUCCUAACCUGGUGUACCAUCAGUACAUUGAGCACUGGGAACAUCUGGAUUUCAUCUGGGGGCUGGAUGCUCCGGAGCAGAUGUUUCCUGCUGUGCUGAAGCUGCUGCAGGAGUACCGAUAGAGGGCAAGAGCAGCGUGGACGCCGCCCCCCACAGCGUAGCUUAUGGUUUUAUGGAGACUGAGUUUUGACCCUUCUUCCUGCAGCAGGCAGUUUCUGCCCCGCCCUCGCUGCCUGGACCUAUCAUAUCACCUGCAGCUUUAAAGGCAAUCGAAGCACGCUGCUGCAUGUUUAAACGAGCGAGUCACUCUGAGCGUUUCAUAGGACCAGACCGCGUUCUCCUGCAGUUUGACUCACUUCACACCUGGCGGGUGUUCUGCCAGGAACCAAUGAGGGAGCAGUGUUGUCACGCUUCAGGUAACUAUUUGGUGUCACAAUCAGCGUGUGAACAGGUCGCACAGCGAGCCCCGGGGCACUCUGCUGUGAAGCAGCACGUCGGGUUGAAUCUGUAGGAGGAGAUCUGCGUGUUAGUCAGUGCGGCUGUUUUUUACUACUUCCUGUUUUUAGCGCGGAGACACUUGUCCUGAGGACAAACUAUGAAAAUGUGGAUGUGGGAAUAAGAAGUGAAUCUGCAGUUUCAGUCACCUGUGAGCGUUUUUUAACUUGCUAUGAAACCAUUUUUACUCAUUAUGAUGUUUCCUAAAUAAAACCAUUUUACGACCACA